UAUAAUAAUAACAUAUAUAUAUAUAUAUGGAUACUCAUUCCAGUACAAGUUCUUCAAUAUCCGACAGAAAAACAACUGAGAAAAACAGAAGGAUUCAAAUGAAAGCCCUCUACUCCGAGCUCAACUCUCUUCUUCCCGGUUUCCAAACUUCUAGGGAACCGUCGACAGUGGCUGAUCAACUGGAUGAAGCUGCAAACUACAUCAAGAAGCUACAAGUGAAAGUGGAGAAGAUGAAAGGGAGGAAGAGGAAACUAGAGGGUUUGGAGAGACGGGAUCCUGUGUGCAGUGGAUCACGGGAAUCAUCCGGUGUUGGACCAAUAAUUGAAAUCCACGAAGUGGGUCCGAUUCUGAAUAUCGUUCUUGUGACAGGCUUCCAUCACAAGUUCUUGUUCUACGACAUCCUCCGUCUUCUUACGGACGAAGGAACUGAUAUUGUUCACUCUUCCUUCUCCGUUGCUGACGACACUGCCUUCCACACUCUUCAAUGCGAGGUGGAAGAGUAUGGUUAUGGAGCCGGUGGAAGGAUUUCCGAGAGACUAAAGAGGCUUGUGAACAAUGUCUCUAACUAAUUCAAGAAGUUCUCUUCAACGUUACGUCCUCUGCGUACGUAUGUAUUAGUUGUGAUUUAUAUUUUUUCUUUUUGUUUUGUUAAAUGGUUAUAUAUAUAUAUAUACAUACAUGUGCCCGUGUGUGUGUGUAAUAUAAGGUAUAUAUAUGUCGCUCUAUUCUUUUCGCAUUUCCUUUAUCGUAAUUUCUCUUUUUAUGAUAAAGUUUGUAAGUUUCCCCGUGUAUAUACAUGCA